AUGGAGGGGGCGGGGUUGCCGUUCUCGCCCGUGGCCGUGGUGCCACCUACACCACAGGCGCCCAGUGCGUUCAGCGGCCUCUUGUCGCGCAACAUCUCGUUUGUCAAUCAUUACGAAUUCCGAUGGAAGCACCGCACCUUCCACAAGGCCAUUGCACUCGGGGAUGUGGACAACGACGGCAACGUGGAGCUGGUGGCCGGGAGCUUGGGCGGCAUGCUGCUCGUGUGGAAGGGAACCAACCCGCAGCCGUGGCGCACCUCCGAGAACCUCGGCACCAUUGCCUGCAUAGCGGUGGGCGACGUCUACAACCACGGCAAGAACGUCCUGGUGGUGACAACGUUCGAAGGGCUGUGCCACAUCUUCGACUUUGGCACGGAGAACACAGAAGCCGAGGCGCAGUGCAGCACGGAGGGCAAGGAGGGUCGGCCCGGGGCCAUGAUACCGAGCGGCACCUGCCGUAUUCCGCCCAACAUCAACGCAAUCCUCAUCACCGACGCCGACAAUGACGGCUACAACGAACUCCUGAUGGGUGGCAGCGACCGCAUACUCUACUCCUACCAGCUGACGCUGCCCGACAAGACCUCGGCUCCGCCAUCGCCCUCGCUGGGUCCGUCGACUGCGUCGUCGUCGAUGCUCCCCAUCCAGUCGCCGGGCCGGGGGCGCGAGCCCAGCAUCUCCCGAGAGGCCAGCCUCCCGCUCGGGUCCGCGGCCAUGCUGUCCUCCAAUUCCUAUUCGGCGCCCUCGUUGCUUCCCGGCUAUUCACCCACGAAACGACCGACACCCAUAGUACAAACCAAGGCCACCUGGUCCUUUCCGCAUCACAUAUGUUCGCUGUGCUUGUCCAACUUCAAGCGCGACGUCGGCGACAGCGUGCGCAUGGUGCUCGUUGGGCUGCAGGGCGGCGCCUACGCGGUGAUCGACAACGAGGGCAUACCGACGGAGGUCCUCCAACCCUACGCCCGACCAUCACGCAGCCGCAAGGAUCCGCGAUCCAGGAAAUCAGGGUACUCGCGCUACGAUGACACGUCAGCGAUGGAUGACAAGCGGGAUGAUCAACCUCACGGCCGAGAUUCCACACCAACGACCGAGGCCAGCUUCGCCCCAACCGAGAUCGUCUCUCCCAUCGUGCGAACUAAAGGAGCCAUCGCAGCCGUUGCCACGCUUGACGGCCACAUGCAGCUGGUGGAGUUGACCGGCGCUGGCGGCGGAGGGAAAGGCAUCGGGUGGUCGGUGCUGUGCGAGGUCAACCCAUCGUCGCCCGCCUCGGGGGGCGGUGGCGGGGCGCCCGGGAUCGUGGCCAAGGAACUCUUCCCGACCGAGUCCGCCGGCGCCAUGCACUCGGUCUCACAGACCAUGGACUGUUCGCAGUGCUUCACUGCCUGCUCCCUGGACAUCACCGGGAGUGGUGAAGAAGUGGCGGUAUUGUGCUCGUGGAGCGGGCUCACGCAUUUCAUCGACGCCAAGGGGCAAACCAUUUCGUUCCACUCCCAUCAGCCCGUACGCGCGUUCACGGCCGGAAUGUAUUCAAUCGAACCCGGCAAGAAGUCGCCCUGCCUGAUCUACAUCACCAUCGAGGGUGCCAUCCGGAUCUACUACGGAAUCAAACUGCAUUCGAUGGGGGUGAGCACGGCGGUGGCUGCUCUGGCGGAGGACCUGCGGGAGUUCGAUUUAGUCAAACAGAGCUUCACCAACUCAGAGUGGGACCUGAGGCAGGAGCAGGUGGCGCUCAUCCAUUCGGCCCUCUAUCAUUUCCCCCAAGAAGACGUUGAGCGCUACAAGCUCUACCUCCAGCAGCGGAUCGCUGCCCUCAAACAGCACUGA